AUAAUUUGACAUUUGUCAAUUUGUAGAAAGUUUUGUUGUCCUUAAGCUGUUAUUUCUCAAAGAAAUUGUGUGGUCUUCCGCACCGUCGUAACGGCUGGUAUGUUUUCUAAAUACUGCAUUUAAAUAUACGUUAUAAAUAUGGCUGAUUCUGGUGUGGACACAGGUAAUGAAAGUAGCGACAAUCCUGUUUUCGACCACUCGUACUGUGUGUUAGAUUUCAAUCCACGACCAAUACCAAUUAAUUUAGCUGGACAACCAAUGCCAAUUGAAUUUUUAGACGAACCUCAUGAACAUAUUGGCAAAAUAAAAUGCUCAACAAAAGCAAGGCAUUGUAGAUUGAAAUAUCGAUAUGUGGGUACAAUAUGUUCUUCAAGAAAUAAAAAACUACGAUUUGCAGCGUCUACAAAUAAUACCGAUCUGGUAGAAAAGCUGCUUUUAUCAGGUGCUGACCCAAAUUGUUCUGAUGAACACAAAAGAAGCCCUCUACAUUUAGCAGCUUGUCGUGGUUAUGUUGAGGUUGUUAAAAUGUUAAUUAGACAUGGCGCCAACCCGAACAUUAAAGAUACUCUGGGUAACACACCUCUCCAUCUCGCAGCAUGUACAAACCACAUUCCUGUUGUCAUAGAGUUACUCGAUGCAGGAACAGAUGUUAGUUCUCAUGACAAGAAUGGUCGUAAUCCCAUUCAGUUGGCGCAGAGCAAAUUGAAACUGAUACAAAUGCGACCUAGUGGUGCCGGCCACUUUGAGGAGACUAAACAGCUUAUCAGCGAAAUUUGUUUAGUUGUUGAAAUGAUGCUUAAAUACAUGAAGAUACAAAAGGCCGAUGCGUGUGAAUUGGAAUCUGUACGAGAAAGAUUAGAAAAUGUUAGCACAAGAGAGCAAGUUGAUUCUGAAGUACAAAACCUUCUUGACAGUCUUGACUCUUUGAAAUUAAGAUAAUUCUACCUAUUUAAAAUGUCAAGACUGUUGAAAUAAAUGUAACUGCCUAAAUAUAAGAGCUCAUAAUAAAAUAGUUUUAAUAAAUUUAAUUAUAAGCUAGAGGUGUCAUCAAUUUUAUUUCAUAAUCUAGAGUAAGAUUUAAUAAUUAUAUAAAAUGAGACAAAUUAUUAGCUUAAUAUUGUAAGUAUUUUAAUUGUCAUGUUGAUUGAAAAUAUCCAUUAUUGCAACUAGUGUCUUGUAAUAAUAAAUUUACUAUUGUCUUUAGAAAUUUCAUUUACUUACACACUAUUGUAAAGAAAUAAAAUAACACAAUAAAUGUAUAACCAUUUAUUGAAAACAAUUCUUAUCACUCAAUAAUUAAAACUUAAUAUGAAGAUGGAAUGCCAACCAUAAUUUUUUUUAAAAAAAAACAAUAUUUCCUUAGCCCAUUUAUAAUAAUAAGGAAAAAAAUACAAUAAUUAUAUUAUUUGUGUAUAAAACUUUACAACAAUCUUAAAUCCUUAUUAAAUAAAUCCAUUCUUUGAAAAUUUUUGAAUAAUAAUUAUCAUGCAUACAUUGACUAUUACGCUACACAAUUUAAAAAUGGAUUGAUAAAAGUGGUAAGAACAUGCAAAAAUAACAAUUUAAUUAAAAUGUUUUUUUACACCCAAUCACUUGUGCUUUUUACCAUUAAAAAAAAUAUAAUUAUCACAGAAAAACAAUAUAAAAAAUAAAUGUAAAUAUUAUUUACACAGCACAAUCAUUUUUUAAAAUGAUAAACACAGCUUCAAUAAAAAAAUUACAAAAAAAUAUAUUUGGAAAACUGAAAAUAGAAAAAAAAUAAUUUCUGAAAUAGUUAGAUAACAAAACUUAAUAUCAUGGUUCUGUUAAAUAAGUAAUGUAUUGAUUUGAAAUUAAAAAAAAAAUGAGUGAAUAUAAUUAAUAAUAUAUAUUUUCAUACAAAGCAUAUAUUUAAUAGUAUAAAACUUUUAAAUAGUAGUAGAAAAUUAUUAAGAUUAGGCACAGACUGCGGGGUCAAUGUGAAACUAAUAGACCAUGUGAUAGAAACUAAUGUUAUCACAGAAAGUUUAUAAUAUGUAAGCUAAUACUGCUAAAUGUAAUGAACAGGAUCCUUAUUUUACCAUUAUUAGUUAUUAUAAAGUUUAGUUGUAAGCCACUGUUCAUUCGGAAGUAAAUGAGAUAUGUUCACAACUUAGUCUUUAAGGAUUGUUUCUGCAUAAAAAAUCUUGCUCUACAAGAUUAUAACAGAAAAAACUACAGCAAAAUUUAAAUAAAGUGUUUUUUGUGA